AUGGCUUCUAACCAACCAACCUUUGAUGCGAGCGGCGCUCCUCUCUUCUCCUACCACCACGAUGACAAUCUUGACCCAACAAGACAGUUCUCUUCGCACACGGAGGCCUGGAACCGGAUCCCUCGAUUUCCAAAUAAAGUGAUGGAUUUUACAGAUAGCCCCCCGGGGGAUACUCAGCUUGUUUCGCAGUCUGUAUAUGACAAGAUCCUGAGGCAAGGGAAUGGAGGAGCCGAGCAGUCGAUGCCCGGCCCUGGGGAGGGGCCAGAAAAUACUGAAGGUGCCAUCACACAAAGGACUCUAGCUGAAGGAGAUACGGGACACCUGGACCUCCUAGUUGAUUUGGAUGAUACUGUACACAGGGCUAGUGAAGGAGGAAUCUUGUCCUGUCAUGAUGAUGAAGAUUCUUCCCCGGCUCGUUACCAACCCUUCCCAGAAUCUCAGCGAUUUGUCGAUUACACACCGCAACGAAACGCCACUACUGGCUUCAAUGCUAGCUCUACUACCCCUUUACUGUCCAACAAUCCUUUUUCACGUGGGAAUAAAACACCUGCUGCUGUUAUCUCACUCAGCCAGUUGUUUAAUGCGACCCAGGGAGUGUCAUCUCCAUUGACAAAUGCCCACCGUCCAGAACUAUCUUCAGACAUGCCGUCCCCGAACCUCCCAGUUCAAAGCCGCAUAACAGCCACAUCGCUAUUCUCCCCUCUUCAGGCUAUCUCGUCCGUUCCAGGUUCGGGCGUCGCCGAGCCGCAAAACCUCUAUGUUUCAAUUAAAGAUUCCCAAGAGGCGAGAGCGAAAUCCGAACGUCAGCUACCUUCCGGCUCGAAUUUUCCCUCAGAUAUCACUAGCGAUGACGAUCUUUUCGCGGAUGACCUAUCGAUUCAACGACGGUUACGUGAAAAGAUUACCGAAAAUGAAGGUUUUCCGUCAACUCCCGACGACCGUACUGCCAACAAGACACUUCAAUCUGAGACCUGGCCAGAGAGCGAACUAGAAACGGAACAAGAAGAUGAAGAAAUUAGCUCGAGGUUCUGUGGCUCCGGGGCCCCUGCAGUUGUUGGAGAGGAUGAUAAGGAAAAUGCUGAUAGUGGGCUCGUUCAACUGUCCGACCCGACUGUCCUAGCACAUGACGCGCUAUCACAGGCAUUAGAAGUGGAAGACAGCGUUUUAAGCCCUCGAGUCAGGUUAAAAAGCCCCCCGAAGCUUGUCAUUUGUCAAUCUCAAACAUCAAAUCCCCACACUGAAGCUACAGUUCCUUGUGGGAGUGAUGGCUCAGACUGUGAGAGGGUUUUGAACUCCCAACCAUCUAACGAGGAAGUCGAUGGUUCUCAAGCCGAUGUCCCUACCUCUAGUAAAGAUACUGAACUCUUACCCCAAACGUUGAAUGCCAGGAUGCAGGAGCCAAGCUCACCGGGCGCUAACACGCAAGUACCAUCAUCACCCCCUUCUCAUAUCAGUUUGCCCCUAGAGUUGCCAAAUGAUGGUACAAAGGCGAUUCCACGACCGGAACCGUCGCCCGAAAUUCCUGCAUUUUAUUCUCCUAGUCCUAAAUCCCGAUCUCUGCAAGCUAUGGAUAUUACCAAUCGAAGCCUUUCAACCCCCGAAGCUCGAGAGCGUCGUGAAGGCGAGACUGAAAAACGAACUCAUUCUGAGACGGUAUGCUUAGUGGAAAACAAUGUCAGCGAAGAUAAGCAAAUUUCUUUCAUUUCCGAAACGCCUGCUGCACGUUCUAUCGAAGAUAAAAGUCUCCAACACACAAUACCGGAAACCAGUCCGGAUAACCAGCUGAUACCUUCUUCAACACCUAUAUACAAUCGAUCUCGAUUGGCAAGCCACGACAAUUCGCCCGGAAGCGAGGAUGACUUACCCGCCAUGUCCCACGUCACCUCCCAGAAAGAUAGAAACUCCGGGACGGCUACGUGGCUCCGGAAGAACAUGACCACUCGGUUUCAGUCGAUCCUUUCAAGUCCAAGCGGCCGUCAACGGCGAAGUAUGACCGAUAUUGCGUCAGACCAAUCGCCGCAACAAAUCGCCCCCGAAAUUCAACUAGAGGACAUCGAUUUGUUGACUGCAGAUGACAGAGCCUUUGAUGAAGCAAUUAUUCACUCGGACAAGCAUGUGGCGAAGAGAAGAAAAGUAAAUAGUGGACUUGGAAUCCGGGCUACUAAAUUUGCUAUCCCUCAGCCUUUGGGCCUCAGACGUGUUGAUGAAAAUUUAUCAGGCCCUCUAGACGGAACCAGGAGUGAACCGGUCGGGGAAAACAUUACGUAUAGGCGUGUCGAUACCGAACGUUUGCGGUCCCGAGUCAAGACCGGUCCCGCUUCUAGGAGUAUCUGGGACCUGGUGGAUUCACCACGACGAAAGGGACAAAGUCGCAAAGGCCUUGGGAAACCCUCAAAACCUAUAAAACAACCAGUUCCUCCGAGCCAGCCCAAUGGCAAGAAAAAAUAUGCGGUUGCACAAGCGGUUGUUAUUUAUAAUCAAUCAAGCUCUUCUCCUGCACCGACCGAAAAGAUCACCUCGGAUCCUCCAGUUGUCACAGAGAGCCCUGGACUACCCAAGAACAAUUCUUUUGAGUGGUUCGAUUUCUCUAACCAAGUUUUUGCAUUUUUUAACGGGCAACCGCAUGGUUACUACCCAGCCGCUUGCGUCGGCAUGUCCAAUGAUGUUGGUCGUCAUCGAUAUCUAGUGAUAUUUGAGGACUCGAAUACCCCAGAUGAAAUAGAUGCUUCCAGCGUAAAGAAACUUGACCUGAAAGUCAACGACAUCGUGAAAGUAUUCUCACUUGACUUGCCGAGAACUCCGUAUCGCGUGGUGGGAUUGGCAGAUAAACUUGCUGUCAGUGCCCGGUUUCCUAAAGGCAGCUCUCUCCCAUUGACUGAUAUCCACGGACAUGCAUCUGUGAUUCUGGCGCCAAAACAAGGCCAAAAGCUACCAAAUGGAGAACAAACUGUUACCGUGCCCAUUUCUAGAAUUUACCUCGACAAAAAUUUAUGGUCUCGGCUGGGAACACGGCCGUAUUCCUUUCUCUCUUCUGCGAGUAACUCGACUUCGCGGUUCCAAACCCCUAUGGAUUGUGGCACAACUAUUAUUACUCCCGCUUUUACCCGUACUCCGCACAUAGAGCCUUCAGUCCAGGGGAUUUUCAGUGGUAUGGCGUUCGCUAUAUCGUAUACACAUAAUGAAAAAGAACUUUCUCGUUUGGACCGGUUGAUCCGAAAAAAUGGUGGUCAAAUAUUGAAAGAUGGAUUUGACGAGCUUUUCAAUCUACCAAGCCCGUCCCUAGAGAACCAGAAUCAAACCUUGCUCUUGACCUCCCGCGCAGAGCAGCUUGGUUUUAUGGAUCGACCGUUGUCUCGCUAA